AGAAGUAAUCGCAGAGAAAGGUAUUUGGGGGAAGACGGCAAUGGGAAAUUUGGCGAUGAUGGUGGUGUUGGCGAUUGUGAUGGUAGCGGGGACGGCGGGGGUGGCUGAGGGACAAGGAGGCGGUGGAACACCGUCGUGUGCGGCGGCUUUGGUGCCAUGCGCAAACUUCCUCAAUUCCACGAAACCACCGGCCUCUUGCUGCACACCUCUCCGCGAGGCCGUGGCUAAGCAACUCAAAUGCCUAUGCAACCUCCUCAACGAUACUUCCUUGUUUAAUAGUUUGAACAUCAAUAUCACCCAAGCCCUAGAGCUUCCCAAGUACUGCGGCGUCACCGACACUACCACCGCCUGCCGCAAAUUUUCAGCUUCUCCUCCCGAAUCGUCAUCAUCGGAUACUCUUACUACUCCACCACCUCCAGGAGUAAAUGGCAAUGGAGUGGGGAAGCUGGCUUGGAAUAGGAUGCUUUCUUUAGUUGUACUUUUGGCUUUUAUGGUCAUUAGGGACUUCUCUGUGCUUUAAAUCCGUGCUUGAGAGUUCUGCUUGUUUGAGGGUUUUCUU